AACAAGGAAGCGAGGGACAUCUCUUUAGUGCUUAAGGACUUCAUAAGUGUAACAAUAGUUACAGAGUUGUCUGUGUACAACUGUUAUCACCAAGUGAGCAGUAGCUGAUCUUCUUGAUUGAAAAAGACAACAUUCUUAGACUGAAGAAAUGACACAAGAGGACAACAUCAGUUGAAGGAAAUUCCAACUCAAUUUGAAAGAGUUCUCCCCUAUGGAUGCUGAUAAUCAACUUAACUUCAAGGUGGAUGUAGAUUGAAACAGAAAACCAGUCAGCACAGUGUUAUAUGAAAACAAUUAGGAACCAUUGUUUUCUAAAACAAUAAAUUUAGUCAAAGACUGAAAUAAAAAAAAUUGGCUGCACUGAAGAAACCAAGUCUGAGGCAGAAGCAGAGACAUUUAACUCAUUAGAAAUUUCUCUCAAGACAGUUUGAAAGAGCAGCUUUGUCUUGAUACCUAAACAGGGACGUUUAUCUCCAACAGCUGUGUACUGUUUACUGUAAAUGUUCUGUCUACAUAAGAUUACAUUAGUUGACUGAGAGCAUAUUAGUCUCACUUGUCCCGAUUAUAGGGUAAUCUUAUAUAUUACUCCACAGGGGAAGAUGAUAAUUUAGUCCUUGGUUUUUUAUGGUACAAUUACAGGUAGAAGAUUAUAGUGAAAGAUGCAUUAGUUCUAAAUACCUGGAAAUAAUCUUACUAUCUAUAUUAAUGAUAAAUAGCAAUGAAGUACCCAUGAAUUACUGCAACAAUUUAUAUAAGGAUACUGCAGGAUGCUGCUAGUAGAUUAUGUAGGAUUUUCAUAAGAAUAGAUUGCUGGGUAACUGCAGGGGGGGAAUUUGAAGAUACCUUUUAAUGAAAGUCAUUUUGUAGUUUAUUUGGAUGUGCCAGUUAAUCAAUAAUGGGGGAUGGGAAAAUCAAUGAGACUUAUGAAAAGGCAUUUAUCACUAUUGCACCUGCUAGAAGACUAAUGGAGAAAUUUGUGCAAAGAGUGUACAUUUAGUUAUACUGUUCUCCCCACCCCAAAAAAAGUCAAUAACAGUGAGGGAAAACAAAUUACAGAAGAAGAGAAAGUAUUGCAGAGAUUUCAUCGUAAAGAAACGUGAACAUUCCAAGUCAUUGAACUUACAACUAAGAGAUCUCACUAUUUAGAUAAACCCUGCUCUUAAAAUGCCAGGGGAAAUUAAUCUGCAGUGUGAAGAAGGGACACCAAAGCAUUAAAUUGACAUUUAGACCAAAGUUGCACAGAACACAGUACAAAUUCCCUCACCAUAUUGACAUUUACCAGGGGAUGAGAGGUAUCCUUGUGUACGUGCUUCUGACUUAUCAAGCACAAGAGGAUUAUCUUAUUUGACUCGAAAGGAUUUAAGCUAUAACCUUUCACAUGCUACUGACCUGACGUCUGGAUAAUUAUCAAAUUAAGAUCAGUUGGAUUAUCACCAAGUUAUCACACGUAAAUAGUGCAGGUAGAGAUUAAGGGUGUGAAUAUACAGUUGUAUGAAACAUUGUGGACAGCAAGACAUGAGGAGCACGACAUGGAAAUUCAUACCUGCUUAAAAGAGUGUUAUUCAUGUUUAUGUACCUCUUGAGGAAUGUGUUUAGGGAACAAAUAACGGAACAUAGAGAAGACAGCAUGUCGUAGCCCAUGGUACUCUUAUCCAAUUCAAAAUAACUUUUUUAUUCGUCGGCUGCAUAUAAGGAUAGAAAUCAAAGAGCAAAAAUGUUUAAUUAAAGGAGGUAAAGCAUUUGGUUUUUGGAUGUGAAAAGGAAUACCAUGAAUUCUGUAAGAACUGGGAGUAACUAGAACAAAAGUGAAAUUUUGAAAUGGAUUUGGAUCUCUAAUGUUUUGGAAAUAUUCUGUGUACGCGAAGGACAACCCAGAGUUGGUGAGGCAUGAAAACAUGAGUCAAAAGACAGCAAAAACUGAGAACCAGUCCACCAAUGGCAGUGGAGAUGAUACAUCGUCUCUCUCUGGUUACAGAUACAUGGUGUAUAGGACCCCGCUGAGGUGGGAAGCAGAGGCAAAAGUGCGUUCCUUGGACAAUAUAAACCAUAAAGCCGGCGGUGGUAAUGUCAGUAUAAUUCACCACAAUACCAAGUGGAAUAAAACUGCCAAAGUCGGUUCAUUGGAUAACUAUCACCAUCAGCCAGGCGGAGGUAAUGUUGCCAUAGAAACCAAUAGUACUGAUUGGAAGUCAAAUGCCAAAGUUGGUUCUCUGGAAAAAUUGAACCAUAAACCAGGUGGCGGCAACUUCAAAAUUAAGAGCGAAAAGCCAUCAUGGCAGUCGGGCUCCAAGGUGGGGUCCCUGGACAACUACCACCAUGAACCAGGGGGUGGGAAUGUACAGAUAGAAGAGAGAACUCUAAGAUGGAGAAAUGAAGCUAAAGUUGGGUCCUUGGACAAUGUAGACCAUGUUCCUGGAGGGGGCCAGGUUAAAAUUCAAAGUAGAAAACUAAAGUGGCAAACGGAAUCAAAAAUUGGCUCAUUGGACAAUAUAUCCCAUUCACCAAGGGGUGGAGACAUUAAGAUUGAGGACAAAAAACUUAACUGGACAUCAAAGUCAAAAAUUGGUUCUUUAGAAAAUGUAGAUCAUACCCCUCGAGGAGGGGACAAAAAGAUAGAGAGCAAGAAAUUAAAAUGGAAUGCAGGUUCAAAAAUUGGUUCAUUAGACAAUGUAUCCCACUCUCCAGGUGGAGGGAACAUUAGAAUUGAAGUCAGAAGUUUAUAUUCUGGAAGAGCAAAAUCAAAAGUUGGUUCCCUUGAAAAUGCAAGUCAUAUACCUGGAGGGGGUAAUAUAAAAGUUGAGACUAAAAAAGUAAAGUGGUCUCAAGAAUCAAAAGUUGGCUCUUUAGAUAAUAUUCACCAUAUUCCUGCUGGUGGUAUGACAAAAAUUCAAGAUCGAAGGCUUUUCUGGAGGGGCAAGUCAAAAAUUGGAUCUUUGGAUAAUAUCAGCCAUUCUCCUGGUGGGGGUAACGCUAAAAUUGAGAACCAGAAGCUUGAGUGGAACACUCGGGCCAAAAUUGGUUCUCUUGAUAAUGUGUCUCAUAUUCCAGGUGGGGGGACUUUUGUUAUCCCUGAUUCUAUUCCAAAGUGGAGAAUUGUUUCAAAAGUUGGCUCCCUGGAUAAUGUGGGCCAUAUCCCUGGAGGUGGUGACAAGAAAAUAGAGAACAGAAAACUGCAGUGGAAAAAGGAAUCAAAAAUAGGGUCCUUGGAUAAAAUCUCCCAUGUACCUGGUGGUGGGAAUGUUCAGAUCCAGGAUCAUAAUUUAAAUUGGAGGUAUAAGUCCAAGAUAGGCUCUCUAGAUAACGCUAGUCAUGUACCUGGUGGGGGAAAGAAGAAAAUUCCUAUGAAAAAAGUCAAAUGGACAGCAAAGAGUAAGAUUGCAUCACUUGAGAAUGUGUCUUAUGUCCCUGGUGGGGGAAAUGUUUCCCGUGUUCUUAAUACAAAUAAGCUUUAUUGGGAUGGUGUUCCUCGAACUGAGAGUCCUCCAAAUACCCGUUUAAAAUUCCCACCAAUUGAGUCCCCAUCGCAAAAUAAACAUAAACACAAUGGGAAGACCACAUCAUCUCUUGAAAAAGUUUACCUUCAGUCUAAUGGAGGUAAUGGAAAACUGCCCCAGUUAAAACUUAACUGGAAGGCGACAUCAAAGGUGACAAACAAGAAAGGUGGGGAUAAAGAGGGAAACCAAAAUGUUAACUUUCAAAGUAAAGCUGAGGUUAGUUCUUUUCAGGCUUUGGGUGACUUGUAUCAAAUGGCUUAUUAAGAUGGUACUUGGUACAGGGAGUCUUCUUUGGUAAAGUUUUUUUUUCCCCCGAAGGAUUAGCCCUAUUUAGACCAAUAUUUGCAAGGUAUGUUUGUGUAUUGAAUGGGAGGGGCAGGAUAGGAUAGGACAGUCUGCUAAUCAAAGAUGUUUCAGAUCAAAGAACUGAUUAUGUUUGCAUAUCAAUUAGUGUAAAACUUGAAUUGUAUGAUGAAAUGUUAUAUUGCUCUAGUCAUGUUCAGACUGGGGUACUCACUGAUCAAUGUGACCAGCAUUUUGUACCAUGAUUCAUGUGAAGAAAUUUUUGAUACAAUCAGGUUCUCUCUGUUCUUCAAAAUAUUUAUUUGCUCAAUUCUGAUUAUGCCAAAUGUGUGAAACGACUGUGUGUCUAAAUGCAUUGUGAUUUUUAAAUAUUUGGAAUAAAGUUAGUAUAUUUUUAUAUAUGUAUUGUUUGCUUGUCUUGUAAAAAUAGUGUAUCCCAUUGCUUACAUUGAUUUUCAGAAACAUGAAUUUUCUGCUUGUCAGUAUAAAGUUGAGCAUGGUUUGUU